AUGGCGGCGCUCAGUGGCAGUGUGAACUGUGAGGAGUUGGCUGAGUUCCAGGAGUUAUCCAAGGGUCGUGCCAGUAGGGACAGAGUCAGAAAAAAUUGUAGAGCCCAGACUUCAGCAGUAGUAAAAAUCCUCCGGGAAGAAAGAGGGAAGAAUUUGGAUGAUUUAAGGUUAUUAAAGCAGCUUAGUAAAGGGCAGAUGAAAUUGAAAUGGAUACAGCUAGAACUGAAUGUUGAAGAAGUGGUAAAUGACAGGAGCUGGGAGGUAUUUAAUGAACGCUGCCAAAUUUACUUUAAGCCUCCAAAGACCGAGUAA